AUGAGCAAUCUCUGUUUGAAUCCCGAAAAUAAAUUACACAGUCAAAAGACCCCUGCUAAGUUUUGGAGUUUCGCUUGUAGUGUCUGCAUCCGCGCCUUUGUUGUCUCCGAAGGAUACACCACAAAGCAUUACAGUACUGAACUAUAUGCGAGUUUAACGCUUGACUUGGCUUCUUCAAGACCCUAUGAUUUACCAGAAUUGGAUUCCCGUCGUCUUUUCGGCCAUCCUACCAGAAGUGUGUUUGACUCGAACGAUCUGCCCUGCCAUAUGCAAGGCCCUUCGUUAGUUUGUAGCCUUUUCUUACAGCACGUAAGCAUGCUGUUAACACAGCAUGGGAUAAUCUUUCAAUGUAUAGAAACCACUUCGGUGGUCAUCCGUAAAGUUGGAGCGAACAUAAUGUACAGAGCAGUGCUACCAAGCCUGGCCCAGGUUGGCGCAGCGUUGGCGGUUGUCGCAGGCAUUGUUGCUAGUAAAAAUGACCCGUGUAAAGAUGUGAAGACCCCUUUCGGCGGUGAUGGCGGCAAUACGAUAACGGGCUUUGACAUAGUUACGCCCGAUACAAGAGUCGUUGAGCUUAUUACCACCAGUGGUAAUCGCAUUGACGGCAUCGGCCUCGUGGUUGAUAUUCCGGGAAAGGGACGGAUCACCUUGUAUCGCUCUGGUCCGGGCGGUAGAAACACGUCAACUGUUCUUAAAGAAGACGAGUACGUCGAGGCUAUGAUUGUUGGCAGAUUUGAGCAUAAAAACCGCGAUAGUGUUACCUACGUAAACUACUAUACCUCCAAUGGUCGCAAUUUAACGGCUGGUACCACAAUGAACGCAGGACUUCGUCACUAUCCAGCACCUACGGGCUACAGACUCAUUGGUCUAAGUGGCCGCUUGGGGAAAGAGCUCGACGCGGUUGCUCCAAUCUGGGGAAACCCUGAUUGUUACGCGCGAUCACAUACUAACAAGUUAAACUUCUCAAACUUGUGA